GGAUGCGGGGAGGAAGGGGAAGGGGAAGAGGGAGAAGAGGCAGAUAUAGGCGGAUUCCUAAUGAAAUAAGGGCUACAAUUGUGGACCAUGUUGUCAAUCACGGCCUCACCAUGGAGGAGGCUGGUCGAAGGGUGCAACCCAAUAUUGGAAGAACUACUGUCAGUUCAAUCAUUCAAACAUUCCGUAGGGAAAACAGGAUUGUCAGACAACCUCGCGGAGGCGGAAGAGGGCCCCUUUUUACCCCACAGCAAGAAGAAGCCAUUUGUGCAAUGGUCAUUGCAAACAAUGCAAUAAAGCUGAGGGAAAUACAAAGCGCUGUCAUAGAGAACUACACGGUAUUUGGCAAUAUUGAAUCUGUUUCAAUUUCAACAAUUGACAAAGUACUCAAGAAGAAUGAAAUCCACAUGAAGCAAUUGUAUAAAGUGCCAUUUGAACGAAACAGUGACAGGGUGAAGGAGAUCCGUCACCAGUAUGUGCAGCGUGUACUGGAGCUGGAAGCCAGGGAAACACUGCACACAUUCAUAUAUGUUGAUGAGGCAGGUUUCAAUCUGGCCAAAGGCAGAAGGCGUGGAAGAAAUCGCAUUGGACAGAGGGCAACCACUGAAGUCCCUGGUCAGCGCGGAGGGAAUAUUACCAUGUGUGCAGCCAUCUCAGACAACGGCGUCCUCACCCAUAUCCCCCUUCUUGGUCCAUACAAUACCCAACAUCUCCUGACAUUUUUAGACACUCUUUACAGGGACCUAGUCCCUGAGAAUGAGAGAGGUGGAGGCCAACUCAGCAAGUAUGUUGUUGUCUGGGAUAAUGUCCGUUUUCACCACUCCCAUCAGGUCAGAGAGUGGUUUGCAGCACAUGACAGAAUUCUGGUUGAAUAUCUCCCUCCAUAUUCCCCAUUCCUUAAUCCAAUAGAGGAGUUUUUCUCUGCCUGGAGGUGGAAAGUUUAUGACCGGCAUCCACAUGAGCAAAUGGCCCUGCUAGCAGCCAUGGAUGCAGCAUGUGACGACAUCACAGCAGGGUCCUGCAGAGGAUGGAUUCGCCACUCCAGGAGAUACUUUCCUCGCUGCAUUGCGAGGGAUAACAUCUGUUGUGAUGUUGAUGAAAAUAUGUGGCCAGACAGACGGGAACGUCUGGAUGUGCCAGAAUGAUUUACUGUACUGUUACAUGUGCUGUUUAUUGUUCACAUUACAGUUUUUUUUAAUUGGUUUGGCGCAGUUUCCACAAGCAAUUGGUACAUUUUCAAAACUCUUCGUACUUAUAUCGCAACAGAUCAUCAAAAGUGCACCUUUUUCAAACAUUUCAGCAUAUUUCCAAUUGUGUUAGUACAAUACACAUAAUGGCAAAAUAUCCUUUUCACUACACAAAAUAAGUGUUUCAUCUAAAUAAAUGUUUCGUUCACAGUUACUGCCUUUCAUAAUGUUAUCACUAUAAAAUUUUUGAUUUGCAUCUCUUAUCAUUCAGUUUAAUACAUUUG